AUGGGAGUAGAGGCGAUGGUACCGCCAAUGGUGGCAGUUGUGGUUGUGGUGGUGGUAUUAGUGGUGGUAUUGGUGGUGAGGAUGGCGACAAUGAUGGUGGUGACAAUUGUGGUAAUGGUAAUUGUGGUUGCGGUGGUAAUGGUGGUUGUUGUGGUUGUGGUGGUGGCAUUGGUGGUGGGGAUGGCGACAAUGAUGGUGGUGACAAUGGUGGUAAUGAAAAUUGUGGUUGCGGUUAUGGUUGUGGUGACAGAGGUGGCGGCGUUUGCAGUAAUGGUGAUGAUGAUGGUGACAAUGGUGGUAGAAGGCGGUUGUUGUUGUGGUCACAAUAGUGGAGGUAGUGGUUAUGGUGGUGACUGUGGCAACAAUGGUAGUCGGAGGUGGUAA